CUAGAAUCUUUCAAUAUGCAAAUCAAUCAAAACCGAACCAGGAUGUCUCGUCUAGUGCGGGGUUAAAAUGCGUAUUGCUAUCCUAGGCGCCAAGACAAACAAAGAAAAGGAGGUCGGUGAAAGCCGUGUAAUCAUGAAUCCAUCCAUCUCCUCUGCAGAUCUGCAGUCUUUCUCUCUACCUCCAGAUUGGCCUGGAUUUUUUUUUUUUUCUCUUCCCAUCAGUUAGCUACAAUGGCCUGCGCACUUCAACCAGAAAUGGACCAGGCCACAGCAGAUCUUCUUAUCCAGCUGCAACUUGAAGAUACGGGCCUUUAUUUCGAAACGUCUAAAGGGAAAUCCCGAGUUCUCACAGAUGAAGAGUUAGCAUUUCAGUUGCAAUCCGAAGAGUUGACAAGCGUUUCCCAAUUCCUCUUCGACAGGCGGAUGGCUGUGAGUUUUGCAGCUGCAGUUCAAGCAGACGGGCAGAUUCUAGUCGAGAAUUCAGUGGAAGAAGAGCGCGUCGCCAAAGAUCGUGAUAUUGCUCGUCGCUGGAGAGAAAACGACCGUUUCGCAGCGACAGAAGAUGCCCAGUCAAGCCAGGACUCGACGGCCCUCGAUGAUGAAACCCUAGAUAAACUCCAGGUGUUAUACGUCUCCGGCCCUGAACCUUUCUACGACGAUAUAAACAGCAUUGAACCCGCCAGUAGCGAGGCCGAAUCAUCUUCUUGGGCAGAAAAGCGAAACCGCCAGCCAUCUUCAUCAUCAUCAUUAUCGCGAAUACGUCGUUGUGUAGCUUGCAGAGAAGAAACAGACUUUGUUAACGUGGCCCGCGUACCCUGUCGUCAUGAGUAUUGUCGUUCCUGCUUGAAAGAUCUCUUCGAGGCUUGUCAAACAGAUGAAUCCUUAUUCCCUCCGCGCUGCUGUGGACAGCCCAUCGUCAUGAACAUCGCUCGCAUAUUUCUCACACAAGACGUGGUGCAACGGUAUGAGAAGAAGAAGAUCGAGUUUGAAACCCCAAAUAGGGUAUACUGUUACUCGGCCGAGUGCUCUGCCUUUAUCAAUACAUCCCAUAUCGAUGGGGAGAUAGCUACAUGCCCUGACUGUGGGUUGACAACCUGUACGAGCUGCAAGGGGCGAGCACAUGUCGGUGAUUGUCCGAAUGAUACUGCUAUGCAACAACUUCUAGCUACUGCGCAGGAGAAUGGAUGGCAACGCUGUUAUUCCUGUUGGAGAAUGGUCGAAUUGGAGCAUGGUUGCAAUCAUAUGACCUGUCGAUGCGGUGCCCACUUUUGCUAUAACUGUGGAGAGCGCUGGAAGAACUGCAGAUGUGAACAAUGGGAUGAACACCGUCUUCUUGCACGCGCAUAUCAGAUAAUCGAUCGAGAUCGAGAAGUGAACCCUCCUCCCAUUGCCGACCCUCCUCUUCCGGAUGAAGAUCAUCCUGAACUGGAAAUUGGUGGACCUCAACCAGAAAUUCAUCAGCCUCAGCCAGACGAAGAGCCUCGCGCAACUGCAGAAGCAGAAGCAGAAGCACUACUACCCUUGCAGGAAAGGCCCGUCACUCACACCCAGACACCAAGAGACAUAUUGGUCGCUAGAACAAUCCAGGAGCUCAAAGAGAACCACGAAUGUGACCAUGAUAGAUGGAAAUUUGUACGCGGCCCUCAUGUGUGUGAAGAAUGCGUCCAUUAUCUGGAUCAAUAUAUCUUUGAGUGCCGUCAAUGCAGGCUUCAGGCUUGCAAUCGGUGCAGAAGGAAUAGGUUGUGAUAGUAUCAACAUGAUUGGGGGGUGCUAAUGGGAGUUUCUAACCUAAUUAACUAGACUAACUGAUGUAAGAUUCUCGGCCAUAUUGAUAUUUUAUGUACGGAUGGGUGAUUAUGUGUAGCUUGAUAGAGGAAUGAUAGAAAGAUUCAUCAUUAUAAGCACCGCCGUUUUCAAUUUGGUGUCGAAAAAGAUGUCACUACCUCCUAUAUCCCGUACUGUGGAACCUAGCAGGUUAUACGUUGUUAGA